AUGACGACUGUCAUUCGCACCCGUCAUCCGUUGCAAGUCAUCAGAAUGAGCAACGAGCAGCCAGCACGAAGGAAAAGCAAGCGUCUUGCAGAAACGGCGGUAUACGACGAGCAAGAUGACGACUUUCACUUCACCCGCGGAUCGAGAUCCAAACGAGUCAAAAACGCAGAAUCCGAGCCAGAAGCCGAACCAGAGCCUGCGCCACCGCCUGCGAAAAAGUCUGGACGAGGAAGGCCCUCAAAAGGACGCGCUUCAGCGGCUGCGAGGGCUCAUGAACCGGCGCCAUCGGUAACGACACCCAAGGCCGCGACAUCAUCGAGACUACGAACGCGUCGAACAGCAAGUUUACUACCGGUAGAGGAGGACGAACCCCAAUUGAUUGCGCCUAAGCGGACGACGCGCCGAAGCAGUCGCAACUUGACGGAGAAACCAGAGAAGGAAAAGCCGGUCAGAAGACCGGCGACUGUAGCGGAAGAAGAUGAUGACAUGGCAAUUGCGGCACCGAUGGAAGUGGAAAGACAGAGAACGCCGUGCGUCAUGGAAGAGCCAGUUGAGUCGGCGAAGAUAACACUCCCCAUAAGCGAUACGCCAGUUAUCAAUCGUAACAAGGAAAUGCGGAAAAAAGGAGGUGGUAAUCGGCGAAGCAGUACGGGCAUGCGCGGCAGGAGAGCAAGUUCUUUGAUCGAGAGCGGACACAAUGCGAUUCCCCAUCGGGAGGUUGAUUCGGCGGAGUUCUAUAAGCAUAUCGAGUCGGAAGGUCUAAUGGAGCCGAGGCGGAUGAAGCAGCUGUUGACCUGGUGCGGCGAACGAGCGCUGCUGGAAAAACCACCGCACGGUCAAGCGGAUUCUAAUACGGUACUGGGUGCUCGUUACAUCCAGGAGCAAUUAUUGAAAGACUUCUCCACGAAGUCAGAGUUUUCAGACUGGUUCAGUCGGGAAGAGGGGCCAAAGAAACCUGUGGUGUACCAGCCAAAUCCACGCAACAUCGAGCACCAACAAAAGAUCGAGCAAUUGGAACAGAAAGUCAAGAGGCUAAAAGAAGAAAAGAAGAAGUGGCUGGCGCUGAAGAAAUCGCGCAUGGACAUACCACCAUUAUUUCCGGAAACAGACACGGCACAAACAGCAACAGUCGAUGCAUCAUUGCUCGAAUCAAACGAGGCUGAAAUGCUCAGUUGGCUCACCAAUCCGACGUCUUCCUUUGAAAACGUCCGCGCCAAGACGCUCACACGCCUUCAAAACACUCAGUCAACACUGGAGUUUAAGGUGGACCAGCUCGCAGACGGCAUUCACAAGCUCUCGCAACGAGUCGACACGGCAGGCCGAGAAGCGGAUAGGGUACUCUCUCUCAGCGCCGCAAGGCUCAAGGAGCGAGAGACGAGGGAGAAGGCCAACGCGGGCACUAAAGAGAUGCCUGUCAUGGAGGUGCUCCGCAGCCUAGGCAGGAUAUUACCGGAGGGCGGGGAGUAA